CUAGCUCGCUAGUGUCGAAACUCGAUGGUUUUCGGCGCUGCGCCGGCCGCUCUAGCUGCCCCUGGCUUUCACUCUUUGGUUCCCAGCUUCUGCCCGGCUGGUGUAGGCACUUUGACUCCGGGAGACGCUAUCGCACGUGGAGGGACGCCGGGCACCGCGACUCUGCCCUCCUGGCCCUCAUGUUCGAGGAGCCCGAGUGGACCGAGGAGGCCCUAGGAGCCACGGCCUUCGGGCCCGUCGCCGCAGGGCCCCGGCCCGCGGCAGCCGUGCGUAUCAAGAACUCAUCUAUCCUCCUCACCCCACUCUCAUACCUUGCUUACCCCAAGGGCUCCAAGCACCGCAAGCUCUUGGCCACCUUACGGGCCCUGGAGGCUGCAUCUCUUCCCCAGCAACCCCCCAGCCUACCUGAAAGUGACUCUGAAGAGGAGGAGAUAGAAAGGAAGAAGAAACGCCCCAAAAAGGCCUUGUUUGCUAGUGCCUCUGCUGAAGUAAAGGAGAAAAGGAAGAACAAACAUCAAAAACAGACCAGGUCUGGGAGUGACUCUGAGGAUGAGGAAGUGGAAAGAAAGAAGAAAAGCUGCAAACGGGCUCUUCUUGGCAGUGAGUCUGUUGAAGAGGAGAAAAGAAAGAGGAAAUGCCAGAAACAGGCUCCUUCAAGCAGAGCCCAGCACCUGGAUAGUGUUGACCAAACAGGUUCCAAAGUCCAGAAGGGUAGUGCUGCAGAUGACCCACACAAGCCAAGCCUUGGGUCUGCUUCCCCUCAGUUACCCCAUACCUUGAGCCGUAAGCAGUGGCGGAACCGACAGAAGAAUAAGCGGAGACACAAGAACAAGUUUCGGCCACCUCAACCGCCAACCCAGGCUCUGGCCCUGGCUCCCACAGAGGAGGCAGAGGUGCCUCCUCCUCCCAGGCCAGACAGCUACGAGGCUCGGGCGGGAGCUCUGCGAGCCCGCAUGGUACAGAGGCUGGAUGGCGCCCGAUUUCGCUACCUCAACGAACAGCUAUACUCAGGGCCCAGCAGUGCUGCACAGCGCCUCUUCCAGGAAGACCCGGAGGCCUUUCUCAUCUACCACCGUGGCUUCCAGAGCCAAGUCAAUAAGUGGCCCCUGCAGCCUGUGGACCGCAUCAUCAGGGAUCUUCGCCAGAGGCCUGUGUCUCUCGUGGUGGCUGACUUCGGCUGUGGGGACUGUCGCUUGGCUUCGAGUAUCCGGAACCCUGUGCAUUGCUUUGACUUGGCCUCUCUGGACCCCAGGGUCACUGUGUGUGACAUGGCCCAGGUGCCCCUGGAGGAUGAGUCUGUGGAUGUGGCUGUGUUCUGCCUGUCACUGAUGGGAACUAACAUCAGGGACUUCCUGGAGGAGGCAAAUCGAGUGCUGAAGCCAGGGGGUCUUCUGAAAGUGGCUGAGGUCAGCAGCCGCUUUCAAGAUGUUCGGGCCUUUCUGGGGGCUGUGACCAAGUUGGGCUUCAAGGUCAUCUCCAAGGACCUGACCAACAGCCACUUCUUCUUGUUCGACUUCCAGAAGACUGGACCCCCUCUGGUGGGGCCAAAGGCUGAACUCUCAGGCCUAAAGCUUCAGCCAUGUCUCUACAAGCGCAGGUGACUGCUGGACCUCCCUUGAAAGGGGAGGCAGGGUUCAAACUCCUGGCUCAGAACCCUGAAAACUGUAGCCAGCCAGGCUGUGAGCUAGGACCUGAUGUCACCCUGCCCCAUCCAAAGAACAAAAUGUGAUGAAGGCCCUGGCUCGGCCCCUGAUCUAACGGAGGCUUCCUCGGUUGCAAGAAGCAUGAAGUCACUCAGACUAGCUAAAGACUAAGGGGUUUAUCCCGAGACUACAGGGAUGUCCAGGAAUCAUGGAUCCCUUUAGGCGUCGUGGAAACUACAUGGUUUGGAAUUCAGGGCAUCUCUGGGUUUAGUUUUCUUUUUCCAUCUCAGGGGCCACAUGGACUUUUUCUUGCUGUCUCCACUCCUCUCUUCAGAUCUUCUCUCUGCAGACCAGCGCCUCUGCUCACUCACAGCUGCUGUUCUUUCAGCUUUGGUCUGCCCAGGCCUUCAAGGCUGUGACAGGUGUUGCUUCUUGUCUCUGGGGCACCUGGUAGCCCACCAAUAUCCUGGCUGAACACAUCAAUCUUGGCUUCCAGGUAGAGGCAAGCUGUCUCCACAGCUGUGAGGUGGGCCAAGAUUGAUUAGAUGUUCCCUGCACUGUACAUGUCUAGUGGUUCAUCUCUCUCUGCUUAUGUCAUCUCCAACUUGGGAGCCAUAUAGACUAAACCACUCCCAGCACCUAUUUUCCUGUGGGGCUCUCGUGUGUGUGUGGCUGAGCACAGAUUACAGAGUCAGGUAGACCUGGGUUUGAAUCCCAGCCUGCUGCUUAGAGCUGGGAGUCAUUUAAUAUCUGAAUGUCAGAUUCCUCAUUUGGAAAAUGGUGAGGACUACUGUUUUAUGGGGUUGUUGUAUGGGCUAAGUGAGGAAAUCUAUAGCCUGGGCUGGGAACAUAGGAGGUGCUCAAUAAACUGUAACUAUGGA